AUGUCAUCUUUAACCAAAUCAUUAUCAAAGUAUAUUUUAUUUUCGUAUCAUAAAAAUCAUCAGGAAGUUAUCUUAAAAGUUUAUAAUUAUUUAAUAAAUGAAAAUCUUCCUGUAUUAAUUGAUAUUCAAGAUGGAAUCAAUAAAAAUAUCUAUGACAAUAUGGAUGGAAUGAUAGAAAGUAUAAGUGGUUUAAUAUGUUUUCUCUCACCAAUGUAUGAAUCUUCCAAACGUUGUCAAUUAGAAAUUCAAUUUGCAAAAACAGAAGGAAUACCUAUUAUUGCUUGUCGUCUAUUACCGAAUUGGAAACCAUCUGGUUGGCUUAAUAAAAUCAUAUAUAAUUUAUCAAUUAUUGAUUUACAAGAUCUUCAUCAAAAAAAUUUUCAUAAUAAAAUAAAAAAAUUAGAAGACAAAAUCAUUUGGCUUUUAGAUAAUGGAAAAAAUUCUCCAAUAAUGUCUUAUUCAUCAAAUGACAUGCUUUUAAUAGAUCGAUCAUUAGUUCUUGAAGAUUCCUAUAUGGAAUCAAUCAAUGAAAAUCUUGAUCUAAAUUAUCUUAAAAAACAACCAAUAAAUUAUCGAGCAUUACCAUCAAAUUGUCGUUUAUAUUUAUCAAAUUUAAUGGUUUGUAAUAAUGAAUAUAUUUUAAUCAAUGGAAAUAAUCAUUUACAUUUAUUUGAUAAAAAUUUAAAACUUAUUCGAUCAAAUCAAACAAUAAAAAUCAAUGAAACUAAUCUUCGAGAUUUAAUUUGGUGUUCAAAUUCAAAUAAUUUUAUAAUCUUAACACGAAAACAAAUUUAUUUUCUUAAUCCAAUAACAUGUAAAUUAUCAAUUAUUGAAAAUAUAAAAUUAACUAAUGGACAAGAAGAAUUUAUUUCAUGUUCAUGUUCAGAUGACAAAUUCUUUUUAAUAACAUGUCAAUUAAAUUCGAAUACUUUCUUUUUUCAUGAAUUUAAUUUACCAACAUUUCGUUUUUUAAGAAAAUUAAUAAUUCGUGAUUUUAUGGGAACAUCUUUAUAUAUUCAAAAUGGAUUUUUUAAUAAAUAUGAUAUUCAACAAAUUGUUUCAAUUAGAUAUUUUCAACAAAGAAUUGCAAUUAUUAUGGAAAUCAAUUCACAUUGGUUUAUUUAUAUUUUUAAUUUAUAUGAAAAAUUUUAUUUUUUAAAAGAAAUUCCGCUGGAUAAUAAAAGUCGAAUGAUUAUUUUAAAUUCAAUUAAUCAAUGGAUUUUAUUUAAAGAUUAUUUGGCUAAUUCAUUUAUUCAAAUUAAUUUAAAUCAAAAUAAAGAAUUUAUUGAUUAUUCAAAAGGUUUUAUUGAUUUUGGUGGACAAAUAUUUAGUGCUGCACUUUUAGGAACAUCAAAUCUUGUUUUUAUUAUUAAUAAUACUCUUGUUCUUUAUAAAAUAUAA